GAUAUCAAAACAGCACUGCUUUUUCCUACUGCUGCACUGCAAAUUGGGUGCCUUUUGAGGCUUACUAAUCAAGCAAGGUUGGUUGGGUGUCAUCGAGUGGAGAAGUGGGCUCUCCUCUUCGCCACCAAUCCAGUAAAGGAUCUAUAAAACGGGCUCUCGCAAAUGAAGAGAGAGUUGGAAGGAAAAAAAAGGGUAUAUCAAAUGGACCGAUGUGCGGCUUAAAUACUUGCAAGAGCUGAAGAUAUUUGUGAUGAGAUUCUGGCGACAGUAGAGCUCACGGGGGUUGGAAUGUGUCGCUGCUGUACUGAAGCGUCGGCAAGAUUUUGCAGAGGCUGGGGAAGCUCAAACAAGGAGUGUGGCUGGGAGAAAUGUUAAGGAGAUGGGCAAGAAGGGAAGCAGCUGGAUCACCGCGCUCAAGAAGGCGUUCACCUCAAACCCCAAGGAGAAGUCCACAAAUGCGCAGCUGGUAGCAGCGCAGUCGUUCCCGCAGGCAGCGCCACAGGCGCACCGGGGAGACAAGAAGCAGCGAUGGGGGUUCGGGCGAUCGCGGCCGCACGCCGCGGAGCCGGCGCUGAUGAGCGGCAUCCCGCUGUACCGGCAGCCGAGCAGCAUCGAGAAGAUCCUGGGCGACGCCGAGAUGGAGCACCAGAGCCGGCACUACUACGGCCGGGCGCAGUACCAGAUCGCGCCCGCCAAGCCCGCCACCACCGUCCUCGCCGCCGCUGCUCAUGCUUCUUCCGCCACGGCUCCGACCACGCCCGCGGCGCGUGAGCGCGAGCGCGACUGGGAGCGAGACGACGGCUACAAGAACGCCGCGGUGCUCCCGCUCCCCCCUCCGCCGUCGUCCCCGCCGCCGCUCAUCAGGAGGUUCGACCAUGACAGGGAGCGGCAGCGGCAGCAGCAGAGCAGAGCCGAGAGUACGGCCGAGUGGCGUCAGCAGCAGACGCAUCCGAGGCGGCUCCCCCUGCCGAUGCCGAUGCCGAUGCCGACGCCGGCGCCCAGGACGGCGCACGCGGCAACGACGAGGCAGAGGACGGUGCCGCCGGACCGCGCCCGCGCCGCGGCCGUCGCGAUCCAGGCCGCGUUCCGAGGCUACUCGGCUCGUCGGAGCUACCGGUCGCUGCGGGGGCUGAUCCGGCUGCAGGCGGUGGUGCGGGGGCCGAGCGUGCGGCGGCAGACGGCGCACGCCAUGCGGUGCAUGCAGACGCUCGUGCGCGUGCAGGCGCAGGUGCGCGCCAGCCGCGUCGAGGCCAUGGAGCGCCGCAACGGCCGACACAGCAGCAGCCAGUACCUCAGGGACGCCGCCGGCCGGUGGCGCAACGGCUCCCAGGACGGGGGCAUAUGGGACGACAGCCUGCUGAGCCGGGACGAGGCGGAAUCCAGGACGAAGAGGAGAGCGGAGGCCGUGACGAAGCGGGAGAGAGCACUCGCCUACGCGUACUCGCACCAGGUGCUGAAGGCGACACCGAUGGCGGCCCACGCGAUCCUGGCGGACCUCCAGUCGGGCCGCAGCCCGUGGUGGUGGGCCCCCAUCGACCGCAGCUACGAGCCCGAGUACCCCCGCCGCAUCGAGCCCAUCAUCCGGCCCAGGCCCGCUCCCGCCGUGGCUCACCGCGACACGAUGCCGAUGACGACGACUCAGACAACGACGGCCGCGACGACGCCGGCGCGGUCGGUGGUGUCGGCCUACUCGAAGCCCAGCAUCCGGCCCACGCGGGUGGCGAGAGGAGGAGCGGCGCCGCCGGCUUCGGUCCACGGCGGCGGCGGCGGCGGCAGCAUCCGCGACGACGAGAGCCUGACGAGCUGCCCGGCGUUCGGUGUGCCCAACUACAUGACGCCGACGCUGUCGGCGUCCGCCAAGGCCAGGGCGCGCGCGCACGUGCUGCAGGAGCAGCUGCGGAAGGAGCAGCGGGCCGCGGAGCAGAAGCCCAGGUUCUCGUUCGGGCUGGGCCAGAGCAUCGGGAGCUGGGCCAAGAGCCCGUUCUGGAAGGCCGGCGGCGGCGGGCCGCAGCAGCCGUCGUCGCGGGUGGGCACGCCGGCGGCGUCCGUGGCGGGCGGCGGCCGGCACCGGCGGUCCGUCAGCGGGCUCAGCGUCGACUCCACCGUGUCCAUGCCGGCGGGGAUCGGCAGGAGGUCAUUCAAGUAGCAGCUGCGUGCUCUACGGUUGCGAAAUUAAGCUCCUCGCUAUUCUUUCUGAGUUGUGAUUUGAGAUUGUGGUGUAACAUCUGUAUCGUGUGUUUGGUGUGAGUGUCUCGGAUCUUUGCAUUUGUGCUUCAUGAUGGAUGAUUCGUUGUGGUUUCUUUCAGCUGUGGCCGCUGUUUUCCUUUUGUGUCGUGACAUGCCCUUUUUUAAGGGGGCAGUGGCUGCAGGCUCCCGGUAUGUACUGCGGCGAGCUCAUCGAACAGAUAGAUGCUGGAUCCGUUUGUUGUGAGAUGCUUAAUUUGCUCGGUUAUUCUUC